AUGACCCGUGGAAAUCAGCGCGAUAACGAUCGGGCCAAGGCCCAGAAGAAGGCCAAUGCGACAAAAGGAAAGAACACCCAGACUGGUUCCCAAUUCCAGAAGUCCAAGGAGGAUGCUGCCUCCAUUAUGCGGGAGAAGCAGCGCAAAGCCGAUGAGAAAAGGGCUGCAGAGGCGGCAGGAGGGAAGAAAUGA